GGAGUGGUCGAAGAGACCUUCUUGUUUCCUUCCUCUGACCGAUCGCACGACCAGCUCGCCGGCUGUAGAGGCAUCAUGCCUUGCAUAUUCAACGACCAUUAUCGGCAAUAAGACUAUAAUACCCUCGCUAUGCCUAAAACCCGGAAAAGAAAAUCGCCAGUCACUGACAUUAGCAGAGAUGACUCGAGCUCAAGUUCCAGUAACCCUCACGCAAGCCGCACUGUCAUCAGAAGAUUCCACGUCUUGCUCAAGAGACAACACCAACUUCAGCAAGGUCCAACCACUGCCCCAAUAUCUCAAGAGCUCACCGAAAUCGACAAUGAGAUCCAGCAGCUAGGCGGUCUCUCCGCGUACCAGCGUAUGUCUGCUGUCGGUCAGGGCAACGACCGUGGUGGUGGCAGUGAGAAGGUCUUCAUUAAGUGGCUGCAUGAAAUAGGAGAGCGGGAUCAAAGGAAAGGCAAAAAGAAAUUACGAUUGCUGGAAGUCGGAGCUCUGAAGCCAGACAACUACGAGUCGUGGUCUUCAUGGAUAGAAAACACCCCGAUUGAUCUGCGCAGUAGGCAUGCCUCCAUUUUGGAACAAGACUUCCUGUUGAUGGAUAAGACGGAGAACUGGGAAAAGUGGGAUGCAAUCAGUCUUAGUCUCGUUAUUAACUUCGUUCCGGAUGCGAAGGAUCGAGGCCGCAUGCUCAAGAUGGCUUGGGACAUGCUGACUCCAGAAGGGCUCCUUUUCCUUGCCCUGCCACUACCCUGCGUCGAUAAUUCCCGCUAUACCACUUUCGAUACUCUGCAAAGCCUUAUGAGGGCGAUAGGGUUCGCUGAAAUCAAGGUGCGAUGGAGGAAAGGAGGAAAGAUGGCAUAUUGGCUCUUUAGAAAGGAUAUGUCUUUGUCUCGCAAGGACGCGACAAGUGAAGAAUUUCGAAGGAAAACCGUGCAUCGGCAGGGUAACAGAAACAAUUUUGUGGUACUUCUACCUUAGGACGACAGGCAAGAAAAAGUGUCCACAUUUGCCUUAUGGUCAUGAUGAGUUACAUGUACGGAUACUGUAGCCUCAGGCCUCAACCCUAGGUCCAGCAUGGAUUCAUUCGAGCUUACACAUCCGUCAAUAUUCUGAUAUACUGUCG